AAGAGUCACUCGUGUGCUGAUGAAGGCAGUUGGAAUACUCAUGACGUCAUCAUAGUUUCUCGGACCGCUGCACAUCUUCAUGUCGUCAUUUGGCACUGGGGCGCAUGACGGCUCUUGGGCCUUCAACGGCCAACCAUUAAAAAAGACCAGAGAACAUUCAUAUGAUGUCUAGCACAUUCAGAACAGCUGUAUAAGGUUUCCGUGUAGAUGCAGAAGGUGAGAAUACCGGCGCACGCGAGUCAGUCUAGCGUCGUUGCUAUCUUAUCGCUGCAUACAUACCCCUCAGCCAGAAAGGAAAUCCGUCUCCAACCAAGGCUCACCCGCAAAGACGCACGAUGACCCAGAUAAUAGAUUCGCUGCGGCAACAGAUAGCGUCGCAUGAAGCAUCGUUGCGAGAUCUAAGACAGCAGUUGGCAGAAGCCGAACACAACCAGCAGCAACAAGAGAAGGUUCUGCGGCAGAAACCGAAGCUCUCCAAUGACCCUCUGGACCAUGACAUGAACUUUGGUGUGCCAGAUGACUUUCGAUCAGAAAUUUUUGCGAUAUUGGACCAAGAACUUCCAGCAGUAAGCGAUAUCACAACUGAUGCUGGGAGAUGGCCGCUCGAACCGAACGAGUACAAGCGCUAUGGGCGGCAGCUCAUAAUGCCUGAGAUCGGGCUGCAGGGGCAGCUCAAGUUGCGGAAAGCUAAAAUACUGCUCGUGGGUAUGGGCGGCCUCGGGUGUCCAGCUGCCGCCUACCUAGCAGGAGCGGGAGUCGGCACUCUCGGUCUCAUAGACGGCGAUGUCGUCGAGGAAUCCAAUCUACAUCGUCAAAUCCUCCACUCAACGGCAAGGAUAGGGAUGACCAAAGUCGAAAGUGCCAUGGUUGCUCUGAGCUCACUCAAUCCAAACGUUAAGCUUGUGCCUCACAAGUCCAUCCUCACUUCAGAUAUUGCCCUUUCAGUUUUCAAGGACUACGAUAUGAUUCUCGACUGCACAGACAACCCAGCAUCACGCUACCUUAUCUCAGAUAGCUGCGUCAUGCUUGGUAAGACGCUUAUUUCAGCAUCAGCAUUGCGUAUCGACGGUCAGCUUAUGGUUCUGAACAAUCCACCCUUACCCGCAGGCGACGCAAAAGGGGGACCUUGCUAUCGAUGCGUCUUUCCCAAGCCGCCGCCUCCAGCAUCGGUUGUGUCUUGCGGAGAUGGCGGCAUCCUUGGACCUGUUGUAGGCGUCAUGGGUGUUCUACAAGCUGUGGAAGCAAUCAAAGUUUUGACUCAGAAGCCUGAUACGACCAAUCCAGCAACGAUGGAGCCGCCGAGCCUAUUGCUGUUCUCAGCAUACUCCAGUCCCAUGUUCAGAUUGAUCCGCUUACGCGCCAGGAAACCAAAGUGUGCAGCAUGCUCAGCACAAUCGACAAUCACACCUGAAGCACUGAACUCAGGCAGCUUAGACUACGUGCAAUUCUGCGGAAGCAUCAAACCCAUCGACGUACUGAGCCCACAAGAGCGUAUCUCGGCUGAGAACUACGCGAAGCUGCGAUCAGGGGUGAACCCAUUUACGGGGACUGUAUCGAGCAGAGAAAACCACAUCCUAGUUGAUACUAGGGACAGUGUUCAAUUUGAACUCUGCCAUAUUGAAGGGAGCCGCAACGUGCCAUUCCUUACUGUCUCUAUGACUCGCACCAACACCAGCGAUAGCAACUUCGACUCAAUGGAGAUUGAAGAGCCGCUUUGGGUACAAGGUCUGAGGCGCCAACCCGAGAAGCCAAUCUUCGUGGUGUGCCGACUAGGAAACGAUUCCCAAUUAACGGUCAAGAAGAUGAAAGACUUGGGCCUCGACAAUGGCGGGAAAAGGUUCAUUGGAGAUAUACGAGGCGGGCUCCGAGCAUGGAAAGAAACUGUUGACCACGAUUUUCCUGAGUACUGAUGCCAGAGAACGGCUCGUUGCUAAGGUUGAAUCACCCUUGCAAUGGCAGAAGGAUGCUAAGUCGCCCACAGGCAAGAUACGAAGUCCCUUUCAAACAAUUUGUCUGCCAAGAUUGUACUUUGGGACGUCAAUAUCAAAAGUCAAAGCUAAGGGACUGCUUACAAGCUUUUUUUGGCGAACGACGCAACUUAGCGACAACUCCGACCUUUA